AUGUUCCUGUGGAACAGUUUUCUAAAGGAGCUCAGGUUGCAAGAGGAACAACUUUGCUGUAUGACGUACGGCCACUUCUCAGGCAUCAACAGGAAGGUGCAGCUCAAGUACCAGCCGAGGGGGUGGAAGAGGCGCUCCAGCAGUGAGGAGGGAGACUCACCUCGGGAGCCGUCGCUGGUCCUCAUCCUGAAGUGGGGCGGCGAGCUUACCCCGGCUGGCAGGGUGCAGGCCGAGGAGUUUGGUCGCAUUUUCCGGUGCAUGUAUCCGGGAGGACAAGAACGGUCAGAGUGGAUUGACGAGUCAGUGACUGGAUGUGAGUAUGCCGGGACACAGGGCCUGGGCCUGUUGCGGCUACACUCCACCUACCGACAUGACCUCAAGAUCUACGCCAGCGAUGAGGGGCGGGUACAGAUGACAGCGGCAGCGUUCGCCAAGGGACUCUUGGCGCUGGAGGGAGAAUUGACCCCAAUACUCGUCCAGAUGGUCAAGAGUGCAAACACCAACGGACUUCUUGAUAAUGACUGUGACUCCUACAAACACCAGAACAUGGUUAAGAAUCGGUUACAUGAAGCCAUGCAGCAGGACCGAGUCAUGACCCAGGAGGACAUGGAGAAACUCAACCCCUGCAACUCACGCUCAAUCUCUACGGCCCUCGAGUUUAUUCAGAACCCGGUGAAGAUGUGUGAACACGUCAACACACUCAUCAAGAAGCUGAAUGAACGUAUUAAAAUUAGGAAGGACGACCAAAAGACAAAAGAACUGCCUCUGUAUCAUGGUGAGUCCUGGGAGCUGAUGCAGCGGCGGUGGGCCAAGCUGGAGAAAGACUUCCGAACAAAGAACACCAAGUUUGACAUAUCCAAGAUCCCUGACAUCUACGACUGCAUCAAGUACGACCUGCAGCACAACCACCACACGCUGCAGUUUGAACACGCCGAGGAGCUCUACAAGUGUGCCAAAUACCUGGCAGACGUUGUCAUUCCCCAGGAGUAUGGAAUGACCCCCCAGGAAAAGAUGGCCAUUAGUCAAGGCAUCUGCACGCCUCUCUUGAAGAAGAUUCGAGCAGACCUUCAGCGUAACAUCGGGGAGGAGGAGAGCGGGGAGAAUGCCGGGGAGAGCAUCAACAGAUUAAACCCAGUGUAUUCCCAUGGAGUGAGCAGUCCCAGCCGCCACGUGAGGACCCGCCUUUACUUCACCAGUGAGAGCCACAUCCACUCGCUCCUCACCGUUCUUCGCUUCGGUGGACUCAUUGAUAACCCCAAAGACGAGCAGUGGAGCCGUGCCAUGGACUACAUAGGUGCCGUGUCGGAGCUGAACUACCUGAGCCAGAUCGUGGUGAUGCUCAUCAAGACCCCACGAAGGACCCCUUCCUCGGACAACAGGUUCCACGUGGAGCUUCACUUCAGCCCGGCGCCAACUGCUGCGCACAAGAACCUUCCGCCUCGCCCUGGUUUCAGUUACCCCAAGAGUCGCAAUGAACCCUGGGGGAGCGAGUGGACAGUCAAUCUCGCAGGACUCCGUCCUCAUCAGGCCCACAGAGAGACAAGAAGCAAGGAGGGUGAAAGCAAGGUCUUGUUGUCCCCCCCAACAAAGGAUGAGGUUGAGAGCUACGCUGAGCUGCCGAGUGGUGUCCUGCAGCCCGGAGGAGUGGAUGCUGUUGACGGUGAACUUGUGAUCGCCAAGUCCGAGCCAAUCCCCAUCAGCGCCAGGUCACACUCGGACUGUGGACUGGUGCCUCUUGGGGACAUGCUGCGUCCUUACCCCAUCACACGGUCACUGUCGGAUGGGCGCCGUCGCACCAGCGGUCACUGUCGGGUGGAGAGAGUGUGCCGCUGCCUCGCUCCCGAGGCCGACAACGCCCUGAACCAAGACAGCACGCCACGGCCUGAGAAAGCCGGCAGCUCCAGCCUUGACUCCCUCAGUGAAGAAGAGAGCAUGAAGCGCCACCGUCACAGCAUUCCCGGCCACCUCUCCUACCUGUCCUUCCUGGCGGGGCUGCAGCAGAAGGCCACCGCCGCCGUGCCCGUCUUCUCCACGGCCGUCAUCUCUGGCUCUACAUCGGCCCCGGACCUGAGAGACAACUUUUCAGCUCUUCCAUUCUCUGCAAACCUUGAGGGCCUUGGGGGGGUGCCAUCCAUCCGGCCUCUUGAGACCCUCCACAACGCCUUGGCCCUCCGUCAGCUGGAUGCCUUCCUGGAGCGCAUGGCCUUGGCACAGUUCCGCACGCCACUCUCCUCGCCCCCCAAGAUGCCCUCCACCCCAAGGCAUCCCCGCACCUCCCUCCCUCUCGGCCUCCAGUCUCCUUCUUCCAGUGUUGGCUGGUCUGGACCCCCAUCCUUCGUGUCAUCCUCCGGCCCCUCCUCCCCCAAUAUCAACACUCUGGAGUUCUUCUCACACCAGCACCGCUGCUACGACACCAACACACCACAACCAGCAUCACCCAAGUUCUUCAGCACAGCUCCCUCCCUCACUACCACCACCACCACCACAAUCACCACUGCUCAGCAUGAACACGCUCACUACAACAACCCUUACACAGCCAGAGCCCCCGACACAUACGCUGCCAAUGAUAGAGGUGUUUUUUAUGCUGAGGUGAAUGCUGCUGCUGUUAGGUUUCUCUUACAACUAAACACCAGCACCAAGCCUCAUCCUGACACGGGCCUUCCUGACUUCUCUGCCCAGCAUGCUAAUGUAGAUGAGCUCAGUAGUGCUGAUGGGGGGGUGGGGGCGGUAGAGAACUCCGGUGAGAUGAGUGACCCCGCCUCGCCAUCAGAGGGUUCGGAGAGCUUAGGGUCCCAUUCCCAGACUGAGGUGGCCUCCAUCAUAGAGAGAGGAGACACGGCCACGCCAGACACUCACAGCGACGUUCAAGACCAAGAAAUAUCAUGCCAAGAAACCACAGAACCUGAGAAUCUCCUGUCCGUCACGAACAACAGAGGUGCCGCCUCCUCAGAGUGAGCUGUGGCGGUGUGUGUGUGUGUGUGUGUGUGUGUGUGUGUUUGGGUGUGCUGAGAGCAUCAAGCCUUCAUUCCAGUGUCAAUAUAUAAUUAAAAUGGAAGUCAUUAUGUUUGUGAUUGUUUGUAAGAAUAUUUGUCUAGAGAGCUUUGGGUGCAUGUGCUGAGUGGUGUGUGGUGGUGUGCCUGGCCCUGGUGUGUGCCAGCCCGCAGCACAGCGAGGGCAGCGGCGGGGCAGGGCGGCAUGGUAGGGAUCCUGUGUUGGUCUGCAGGAAGAGUGUUUGUUGUCCCAUACCAUUAACAAUCAGACUGAAUCAUGAAAGAAGAUAAAUCAGAAUCUUUUUAAUGAGAAUCACUUGUGUUGCUAAAGUUCCCUACAAUUUCUGAUGCAGUAACUGACAUUCAGUAUUGCGAACCACAGAGAAGAGAAUUUAUAUAUAUCUAUAUUUUUAAGUGAAUGAAUUUUUUGUUGAAUGAGUAAUGUAAGUGAGGAUAUAAUAUAUAUAUAUUUCUAUAAAGAAAAUGCCAGACUGGACAAUAUAAGGCUGUGAAUGGAGCAACUGUGAAAAUUUAUGGCAAGACGUCGUUGUUAGCUAAAACUCUCCCGCUGAAAGUCUUCAUAUUUAUACAAUUUUGUUAGUUUUUUCCUUGAUGUCCCUUGGUGUGGGCAGGAGUAUGGCUGCUGUGUGCUGUUGUUGCAUGCUGGUGUACAUGCCUUCCCAAACACCCGACUACAAAGCUCAAGUGCGACCCCUCUGAGGAAAAGCUAAACAUCUCCCUUUUGUUCACAGAUAUUGUUGAGGAGUAUGGGGCUCUUGAUCCUCUCCUUAGGUAUUACUAGUGGGGCGGCCUGACUCAGUGCCUCCUGUCACAUACCCAGCAGGCACGUGUUCCUGUGCGUGCCUGUCUGGCCUCCUGAUACACGAUUCUCAGCAUUGUUUCAGCAGGUUGUUGUGCACCUCAGAAAAAGGGGAAGCAAUGUGCAAUCUGUUCUUAGCAUCCUUCAUUCUUUUGGUAUAGUGCUCUGAAGAAAGGGAAAACUAUACAAUCUGUUCUCAGCAUCCUUCAUUCUUUUGGUAUAGUGCUCUGAAGAAAGGGAAAACUAUACAAUCUGUUCUCAAAAUCCUUCAUUCUUUUGGUAUAGUGCUCUGAAGAAAGGGAAAACUAUACAAUCUGUUCUCAGCAUCCUUCAUUCUUUUGGUAUAGUGCUCUGAAGAAAGGGAAAACUAUACAAUCUGUUCUCAGCAUCCUUCACUCUUUUGUCACAGUGCUGAACGAAAAGUAAAAUGUACAAUCUAAUGUGCCAUAGUGGAGUCCCGAGAGAAAAUGACACGAUCACUACAACCCUUUUUCUUGUGUGUGUCUUCUUUUCUCGUCACAAAGACAGGGAGCAGCGCCUUCUGUUCCCCUCCCCCACAUGUGUUGUGCUCAGAGUCAUUAUUUGCUCACCUGUUUUCAGUAUUUAGUUAAGUCCUUAGGGUGAUUUACUCAGUUCAAAAAUGGUUUCCUGUACUCUGUUGGUUUUCAGUCAGAUUUCAUUAUCAGUAAAGUUAUUUGAUCAUG